CUUUCCGGUGGGUUGUGCCGUGCUGAGCCCGAGGUUCCGGGCCCAGGAUGGGGCUUGGCUGUCGACGUGGCGGCGCUGAGAAGGGUGAGGCGGUGGCGGCAGCGAGCGGGUGUGCCGGCAGAUAUGAUUAACAAUGUCUGAGGCAGAAGGUAACACCAAGGAUGAUAUUUCAGCUGCAAUAGAAAAUGUAUCAAUUGAAGAUGGGUCCAAUACAGCAAAUGGAAAUAGCACAAGAAUUUCAACAGAUACCAUAUCUUCUCAAUUGAGUGAUCCUUCGGAGUAUGAUCUCAGUCAUGUCCCAGUUGAUGAUAAGAGCUCACAUCAAGAAAUUGUACCCAAGACUGGGGCUGUGGAUGAGCGAAAACAGAGUGGCCUGGAAGAAGCAACUUUAUCAGAAGAUCCAUUGUCCACUGAAGAGUCGUUUAAGGCUAUAUCCACUGAAAAUAAUGAGGUUAUAAGUCUUGACACAGAAUCCAGCAGACCUCAGAUAUUGGACGCACAUACACCAGCAGAGGAAAAUGUCACAGAGAUUUCCCUCUCAAAUAAAAGUUCUUGGGGAUCCUGGGGAGCUUGGGGAAAAUCUCUGAUUUCCACAGCUACAGCAACCGUUGGUCAUGGAUUGAACACUGUGAAGGAAAAGGCAGAAGCAUCUCUCAAAAUACAUGGUGGUGCCCCCACUUCUGAGGAGAGGAAACUAGCUGAGACAGAUGAAGUUGCCUUAGCAUCAGAUACACAAGAAGAAGCACAUUCUGCAGAUGUGACACACUCUUCUCCCACAGCUGGGUCUCGUGGCAUGUUGUCAACCAUUUCUAAUGUAGUUCACAGCACGGGUAAAACUGUAAUCACGGGUGGCCUGGAUGCAUUAGAAUUUAUUGGCAAGAAAACCAUGAAUGUCCUUGCAGAAAAUGAUCCUGGAUUCAAGAAAACAAAGAUAUUAAUAAAUCGAACUGCUACCUUAUCCCAGAUGUUAAGAGAAGCAAAAGAAAAAGAAAAACAACGACUUUCUUGCCAGAUUGCUGUAGAGAAGACAGUUCACUUUGGGAUGUUGUUUGAUGACUUCCAAGGUCUUUCUCAUUUAGAAGCUUUGGAAAUUUUAUCCAAUGGAAGUGAAAUAAAAGUUCAAACUGCUCUCAUGUCCCUCACAGGAGAAGAAUUGGAGACCAUGAAAACAGACCUUAUUAGUAUUAAAGAGUUGUUCUUAUUGAAAGAAUUUAAUACAGAAGAAAAUCAAGAACAGAGAACAGAUGAUGAAGAAUUUGUGAACAUGCUAACUGAACUACUAUUUGAAUUGCAUGUGGCUGCUACUCCAGACAAGCUUAACAAGGCAAGAAGAAAAGCUUACGAUUGGGUGGAGGAGACCAUUUCUGUUCUUGCAGCAGAAGCUGAAACAAAAAGUACAGGUGCAAAUAAUGAAAAAGAGGAUAAGCAGGAUGAGAAAGAAAAGCAGGAAGAAAUUCAAAAAGGCAAAAUACAAACAGAGGAUGUCUUGAUGUCAUCCAUUGAGAGUUUGGCCGAAGUAACAGCACGUUGCAUUGAACAACUCCAUAAGGUGGCUGAAUUGAUCCUCCACGGACAGGAUAUCGAGAAAUCAGCACUGGAUCAGGCUAAAGUCCUGACUGAGUUAACCAUUGCUAUGUGUAAGGAUGUGUCCCUUCUUUCCCAGAAAUUUGUUCUCUGUUUAACUCGAGCAGGGGCUAAACUGAAAGCAGAGGUGCUAAAUCCACAAAUAAACACCAUUUUGCUGGAGGGCUCGAACAGUGCCACUUACAUCCAAAGUGCAUUUCAAUUACUGCUUCCAAUUCUUCAGAUUUGCCAUAUACAAUCCAGUAUCACCAAAGAAGCCAAAUAAGAUGGAAAAUUGUGGAAUCUCCUUUCCAUUCAGUGACAGUAGACUAAGUUUCAAAUGUUCAAAUAGCUUAAAGCAAAGUUGACAGAAAACUAAUAAUAUUUUAAAGGGAAAUUACACUAAUACUAUAGAAAAAAUACUGGCAAAUUAUUGAAGACUAGUUGAAAACACUAAUUGAUUUAAUUGUUUAUACUGAGGGAACAGUAAAGCAGUGUUUGUGUUGUAUCUUUUAAAAGCAAUAAUCACUGCAACGCAUGAAUCAGAUUUUCUGAUUAAUGUUUUAUACCUCCAAGUGGUGCAACUUCUGCAUUACUUUUAGUGUUUUGAAAAUAUAUUUAACUUCAAAUCGUAUUUUAACCAUCUUUUCCAAACUACAAAUAGUAAUAUUUAAAUUGUGCAAUUAAUACAAAAAUAGGCUGACACUCACAGCACCAACUGCACUUUUCUCAACAAGUCAGAAGUACCAAACGCUAGUGUAUUUUAUUGAUAUUCCAUUUACUUCAGCACACUGAUUUAAUAUUUAAUAUUAUUGAGUAAUGUUUUGACCAAGACAAGAAUACAACAAUGUCAUGGGUAAUAUUACAAUAAAUUCACAAAUACUUCAUAACCUUGUAGGAAAUUUAGUUUUAUUGUAGUAUGUUUUGUAAUUAAAAUAUUUUAUAAAGGUUUGUGCAAAUAGGAAUUAGAACAUUUUUAUUGAUAUAUUUUAAGCACAGUAUUUCUACAGGGCAUGUCCCAAUCUCACUGAUUUCAGUGGGAGAGUGGCAUCACUGAUGUAAAAACAACAAUCUUGCAAUGAAAUUAUGAAAGUAGGUUGCUCCUGUCCUUGUCAUUUUUAUUUUAAUUUUCAUACUUAAACCUGCCAUUUUGAUCUUAUUCAAUCUUGGAAAUAAAAUUACAAUCUUAUCAAACUUCUGACAAGUUUGUGUUUGAAAUUUACCUAGAUUAUGUUGAGAAGUCAAUGAAAGGAAAAUGGAUCAAGAGCUGGAACUUUUCAUGAUUUUUCAAUUUAACAGUAACAAAAUAAAUCAUGUUCAUUAGGCCUAUAGUUUAACAAUAUGUAAAUAAACUUCUGUUUUUUUACCUUGUCAUAUUAAGUGUGUAAAAUAACUGACCUUUUUUUCUAAUUUCAUGAGUAUUAUUUUGAGUUUGGCUAGUGUUUGACACAAGUGAUAGAAAUAUCCACAAGGUAAGUUCAGGUACCCCUGAUUUUGAUCUGUUCGUUCAAAGGUAUUAAUGAUAGCUGGAAUUCCAUGUGCUCAAAUAUUAGCGUGGUGUAACAGAAUCAAACAAAACUUCUGCCCUUGAGCAGGAAGAGCAAUGCCUUUGGCUUCAUCUUGGAGCUGUGAAAGGAAAAUAUCUCCAGGCUUAUGCAGAAGUCACUUUUCAAUAAUUCCUGCCAGAGACUCCAUUCAGAAUGUGAUCAGCUUCGGUAGUAAUGCUACACGUUUAUAAAUAGCGUGUCAUCAUUGUUAACAAGGCUUGAGAAGUGACAAGUUAAUUAAGAUUAACCAGUAGGCAUGAAACCAUACUUCAGGAGCUUAAAUUCCAUCAGAAUUAGUAAAGGGACAGUAUUUUAAAUUAUUAUGACGUUGACCAAGUCUUGUCAAUACAUGUGCAAUUACUAAAAAAUUAUUUGUUAAUGGCAUAAAUGACUUUCAAAACACGAAAUAUUUAAUGACAAAACAAUUUGAAAGUUAUGAUUUGUAAAUGAUAUCAUAUUCCUGCAAACACAUCUGUCUCUCAGGCUCUGAGAUUUGCUG